ACGGACCGGGGCUCGGGCUCCGUCUCGGCAGGAACAGCUCCGGGAGGGGGAAGCCGCGCACAGCAAAGGGAAGGCUCCGGGCAGACCUGACCGCGGUAUCCCAGUACCGAAGUGCCGACAAGAGAGCUGGAGGGGGGCCUAUUGCAAGGGCAUAUAGCGACAGUACAAGGGGGAUGGAUUCAAACUGGAAGAGGGUAGAUUUAGAUUUAGAUUUUAUAUGUUAGGAAGGCAUUAUUUGCUGGGAGGGUGGUGAGGUACUGUAGCAGGUUGCCCAGAGAGGCUGUGAAUUCCCCACCCUGAAAGCGUUCGAGGUCGGGCUGGAUGGGUCUUUGAGCACCGUGGUCUAGCGGGACGCGUCCCUAGCCAUGGAUGAUCCCUAAGGAGCCUCCCGGCCCGAGCCCCUCCGCGGCCCCCGGCCCGCGCACGCGCCGCGCGUUGCCCGGGAGACGGACGCCGUUACCGCUCCUCAGGCCCGCCCGCCGGCGCGGAGCGGGGCCGCCGCAUGGAGCCCACCAUGGAGCCCGCCGUGCUGCCCGUCCGGGCGCCCGAGCCCGCCGACGUGCCCGCCGACGUGCCCUACAGCUUCUGCAGCCAGCCCCGCUCCCUGUCCUCCCGCCCCAAGUACCGAGAGCAGCCCAAAGCCGCCGAGACGGAGAAGGGCCCGCUGAGCUACGUCAACAUCAUGUUCGACCCGAGGGUGGUGCGCGGAAACGUUCUGUCCGUCCGUCCUUCCCCACCGCAGCAUACCGAGCCCCAUACCCUUGAGGUUAAAAGGCAGAGGAGAGCACGGAGAAAAGUACUGGCCAGAAAGUUUACACAGGUGCAUAUUCGACCAGGAACGCCAGAGCCUGUGGAAGGCAGAGAACAUGUUCAUGUGCAGACAGAAUUGUAUUUGGAAGAGAUUAGUGAUCGAAUAAUAGAGGUUGAUGAAGAGUGUCAAACAGAUGACUUUUUGGACAGACCACCCACUCCACUCUUCAUACCAGCCAAAUCAGGAAAAGAUGUGGCCACUCAAAUAGAAGAAGGAGAGUUGUUUGACUUUGACAUUGAAGUUAAGCCGAUCCUAGAAGUGUUGGUUGGCAAAACGGUUGAGCAGGCUUUGCUGGAAGUCAUGGAAGAAGAAGAGCUGGCCCAGCUGUGGUCACAUCAGCGUGCCUUUGCAGAGCUGCGUAAUGCAGAGUUUGCUGAAUUACAGCGCUUGGAAGAGCAGGACAGGCGAAUCAAAGAGGAGAAGGAACGUCGCAGACUGGAGCACCUGGAAAAGCUGCGGAAACAGAGAGAAACUGCAGAGAAAAUUGCAGCUCGGGCAUUUGCUCAGCGUUACCUGGCUGAUCUCAUUCCCUCAGUCUUCAACAAUCUUCAUGACAGCGGAUUUUUUUAUGACCCUAUAGAAAGAGAUAUUGAGACAGAAUUCCUUCCAUGGCUAAUGUCAGAAGUGGAAGAAACACUACAGAAGAAGGUUCUGGGAAGGACAAUGCUUGACUCUUUGAUUCGUAUGGUGGUUGAAAAACGCUUAGAUGAAUUUAGCCAUCCACCUCCAUCUGCUCAGACAAACGCACCUUCUGAAGAACCCAGAACAGCAGAUGCAGCUCCCAAAUCUGGUGAGGCAGAUGCUGCUGACCAACCAGUUGCAGAGGAAGAAGAGACUGACCACCCAGUUGCAGAAGAAGAAGAGACUGACCACCCUGUUGCAGAGGAAGAAGAGACUGACCAACCUGUUGCAGAGGAAGAAGAGGCUGACCAACCUGUUGCAGAGGAAUAGCCUUCAGAUUCCACCUCUUCUCAGUUAGAAGAAUAAGACCAAGAGGGAACAGCAGAUUUGGAAACUGAGUAGCAAACAGGCAAGUCAUCAAGUAAAUGGAGACCAGUGGCUUAGAAAUAAGGAUUUAAUUCCUAUCUAUUUACAGGUAUUGUGCCCUAGCCAUGCUGAAGGAUGAACCUAAGCAACAGCAGAGCAUUAAAACAUGUUUUCCGUAUGCUGGAGUUGCUGAUUUCAGGCUGCUAGAAUCAAGAGAGAAGUUACUAGUGCAAUGAAUGGCACGGAAAUUCUGUCCCCUUUUACAAUUCAAUCCAUCAAAACCUGGGAGAUUUACAGUUGAAAAGCAAUGCUGUCCCACACCCUGUGUAGAAGGUCAUGAGAAGGAUGUUGAGAGCAUCAUAAUAAUCAUCUUUGUAAGUGCUUUGAUAAUGUUCUUAGAACAAUAUUUCCUAAUUUUCCUUAUUUUGAAAGAUAGUUACUGCAGCAAUUAAAUAAAUUGCUUUUGAUUCA